GCUCCGCCCCGGCCGCCAUGUUGUGGCGGUGGCGGCGGCGGGAGCGGGAGCGGCGGCGGUCGGGGCCUACGGAGCAUGCACGGAGCGAAGCAGCAUCCCGCGGACGGGCACCCAGGCCAGUGGGUGCUCAUUGCACCAGAGUCUGCUACUGACCCCCCUAAGACACCUGACAGUGAACCUUUGUUUACAAAACUGCGCAAUCCAAGCACAGGGGAAGCAACCCUUUACUUAUUCAAUAGUGGUGCACAGCAGCUGUUUGAAGUAAAAGCUUUUCAUGAGGAAUAUCGUUCCUGGUUUAUAGGUCAGACCGUUCAACAAGAUGGGCGCCUGCUGUUUGUUACACCAAUGGACCCCUUAUUUCUGAUACUUUACUACCUCAUAAAGGCAAACAAGGAGCAGCAAGGAAAGUUCCAGCCGCUCGAUCAAGUUGUGCUAGACUCAGAGUACCCUAGCUGCCCAUUGCUGCUGAAGUGUGCAGAUGUUAAACAGUACAUACAUCAUGUAGCAGAAGAAAAAGAGAUUGGCAGUCAGAAAUUCCACAAAUACAGCCAAGAGAAGACACUGAAGUGGUUAAAGAAAAAGGUCAAUCAAACAGUGAAAGCACUUAAAAGCAACAAUAUAUCUGUAGGUGAAAGGGUACAUGCAGCUACAUAUAUCAGCGGUAAACAGAUCACAGAUACUAAAGAAGACUAUGUGCGGUAUGCACAUGGGUUAAUAUCAGAAUAUAUUCCUGAAGAUCUGAGUAAGGAGUUGUUAAAAUACUUAGGGCUCCCAGAACUUAGAAGCCCAGCACCAGAGCCACCAUUGAAGAUGCCUGCGCAAAGACAUGCAAAGAAGAAAUGAAAGGAGCAUAAGGAGACUCGCUAAUAUUAUUUUAACUUGCCAUAAUCUCAAAGCAGCUUUUAAAGGCUUUUUUUACACACUUUCUGAAAAUAAAUGCUUGAAGUUAGACAUGCCCUGUUCCAAGAAAAAGUAAAUCUCAGCAGAUUAACAUUGUUAAAUAUGCGGUGUGUUAAACAUACACUGCUUCAAAUUUUAUAGCUUAUACACUAUUGGUCUAUCGGGCCCUUCCAGGAAAGCACUUACGAGCAUGCCUAAUGUUAAGCACAUGAGCAGUGAUCUUAAAUUCAGCAGCGUUGUUCAUGUGGGUAAGUGCUUUGCUGGAUCAGCGCCUAAAGUCCUGUUAGGUGCUGAGCAUCCUGAUCUAUAUCCAGCAAAGCACUUACGUCCAUGCUUAUCUUGAAGUGGAAGAGCCAGUCUAGCUAACAUUUGUGCAUUAGCGUUCACCAUAAAAUCUCUCUUGGCACAAUGACUCACGUGCUUAAAAUUAAGCACCUGCCUGAGUAUUUUGCAAGGUCAGACCAACAACAUCCUUGAGCAAGUCUUAAAUAAUUACUUGAUUUUGUAUGAAUUUUCUUUUUUUGUACUCAUUUUUUUAACAGAGUAUAUGAUUGUAGUGGCCAUAAUUACAAGUUUUAGAAGCUGCGAAGCAAAAUGUGUUGGAUGCAAUUUUCUUCUUUCUUUUUCAACAUCUAGCCAAAUUCAGCAAGAUGGCCUUUUUGGACUAGAAUUGCAAUGUUCAGACAUGGAAUCAUCCAAAAUGAAAAAAAGUUAACUCUAUUUUUUAGGACAUUUACAUUUUUUGAAAUCAUUUCACUGAGUUUGAUUUACAUGGUUUUGUCCAACCCUGACCUAUCAUCCAGAAGACGUCACCUAGCUCAGGUUGUGUGGACAGUCUGACUCUUCAAGUGCGAAAGCUUGAGGUAGGAUGUGUGUUCAGAAGGGCAGAUGGAGAAGCUGUAUUUUUAUUUAACUUCUUUUGUUCUAAGGGAUUGAAACCUUAAAAACGUGUAUAAAAUAACAUGUACAUUUUGUGUUGAGACCUAAACCAAAACCUUUGUAAUCCCCCAGGUAAAAAAAAAGACCUAAUUAUUUAUUAUUUUUUUUACUCAUGUAAGAAGUGCUUUCUGUGGAGUGAACUUCAAUCAAAAUGUCAACCUGAGUCUACAUAAAACAUACAGAAAAUGGAUGCUAAUGAGAUCAUUAAGUGAUCUGUGUCGGAUGCAGUCUGAUGUUUUUAACUUAAAUACCUGUUUAUCGAACUACCAUUAAUAUCUAACUCUUUGCUACAAAACUUUUUAAAAGUAAUAAUUGACAGCAUUUUGAACAUAAUGAAUGUGUACCUCUGUAAAUUUUAACUAUGACCCCAGUUCACAGACACCGACAGCAAAUGCCUAAACGUUCUGUAAAGCUUGAAUAUAUUUGAAGCAUUCUAGAUAAGUAGUAAAAAAAGAUUUUGCUUCCACUCUGGCAAAUUCUGCCUAACUUCAAGUCAAAUGAGAGCUGCAAGAAGAGUUUAUUAGGACAUUGCUGAAAAAUAAAUUCCAAGACAAAGAGGCAAUAGCUUAUUCAACUUUCUUUUCAACUGAUUCUGAUCAACCCUGUUUCAGAAUAGGAAAAACCUGAACUGUUAACCAUUUACAAAUCAUGUAUGAAAGGAAAUGUAAUCUGAAUGCUUAUUUUUGAAAUUUGCACUGAAUUCUUUUUGUUACUUUUACACUUGUCUGGUUAAGCAAUGUGCACUGUCCCUUUUCAAGGAGAAAAUAUUUAUUUUAACAUAGUUUUCUAGACAGUACUGCAAGAAUAUUAUAUGGGUCCAAGAUUAAAUUUCUGUUUUUCUAGCUUACUUUUUAAAAAAGCUUGAUGUAUGAAUAAGAUUAUGUAUUUCAAAGUGUCAUUCCAUUUUUUGU